AGACGGAGACAGAAACAGGCACUGGACGCUGGGCUUGUCGGGACGAGCGACGGCAGGUUGGUUAGGCGGGAGCCACCCUGGACGAGCUCCCGGGGCUUCUGGUGGUUCAGCUCUGCUGCGCCCUGGAGAGAAUUGGAAGCAUCCAGGGAGUCUCCACUUUGAGUGACAGAUGGCUGUAGCUCGAACUGAGCAGGCAGUUUCAGCUUGAAUUGCCAAGUUGAGAGGGAGCCUGCGCAUACCUUAUGUAUGUGAAUAUACACAAACACAGUCCUGCAACCGCACAGACUGACAGUUCCAUAUUUUAGAGAUUUUUAAAUUUUUAUUUUUGCAAUUGAUGAAAAUACAAUUCAGGCACUUGAUGGAGCAACUUCUCAGCACAAGGACCAAAAGCCCAUGGAAUACCAUCUGUUACUAGUAAUCAGCUUUCCACUCAGUCUGAGGCAGGUGGAAAAACUUUACAAGACAUGUAAGAAGAAAAACGGCUUCCACGCAGAAUAAACGACACAAAUACCUCCAUGAAAGUAUAACUGAAACAUAACCGUCUGGAGUGGAGAGGAGAUUGGUAUUUUAAUCUUAAAAGAGGAAUAAUGACAAGUCUUUGGUGCUUCUUUGCAUUAAACUCUAAAGAAUUCAGUUACAUUGAAUAAGCUUGCCUAGGAAUACUGAAAAAUUAAUUGCAUGGCAAUGACUGGGAGAAAGUGAUUUGGGCACAAUGGAUCAGAUCUGAAAGCUGAACUUUUGCAAAUGCCCUGUGUUUUCCAAUUGAAUUUGCUAAUUUUCCUCCUUUUUGGUUGUUCGUUGUAACACGGUACAAAUACUAAUAAUUUGACAUAGAAAAUUUUACUCAAAGCAUUUGAAACACUUAAGAAGAAACAAGUUCAAAGCUGGCAAUGUGGAGGUUCAAAUUAUGAAUCUAUACUCUAAUAAACACCAAUAAGGAAUGAGUUUACAAAACAAGUGAAGGAGACAUGAAAGAAAACAGUAGAAGGAUUGAGAAGUUGGAUUUUCUGUGCAGCUACCUGUCAAUUUUUAAUUGGCGAUUUUCUGUUCUUUCUUGAAUCCUACAAGAUCUACAAAAUAUUGCGACUGUGAUGUGCAUUUAGGUCUGGCACUUGUUUUUACAAGAGGAUGAAAAGGGAAUUCCAGCGGAAAAAAGGGAAAAGCCAAAAGCUUGAAACAGGCCAAUGUUUUGGAAGAGACUUCAAGGUUCACGGGUGAACGUGCCUACUUAAAAACCUUCAGAGCAAUUUUUUAAAAGUUCCGUUCAAUGAAAAGGUUCUUUUGUGUUCAUGAGUGGCAGCAAGCAGUGAGAAAGCAGCCAGGUGAUAAACUGAACAUCCAGUGGAAAUGGUGGGGGAGCCACCAACUGCAAAGGAAGUGGGGCUGCCUUUGGGUUGCAAAGGCCCUGGUGUUGAACAGUGAGCCGUGGAGUUUGAAGAGGGUUUUCCAAUCUGUCCUGGCACGUUGUUAACUGCACAAAGUUCUGGUCUGUGGGGUCUCGCACAGCCUGUGUGCCUUUUUCCCUUUAUGCAAUCUAGUUCAGCUUUAGCAGCAGAAAUUCAUCUGGUGGGGAAGAUAUGACAGAGGGCAGCUUUGGGGAAAGAUGAAUGGAUGUCCUGUAUGUGUAUGUGUGAGGAAUCUUUUUUAAAGCCUUAAGUUACUUGAAACCUACACAUCUGCAAACCUUUGUCUCUGGAAUUGCAUAAUGCUAUACUGGAAAUCUCAGGCUGUACGAUGACUAUAUCAAAUUGAGCAAAAAGACGGCUCACCGUUUCUUUGAACGCCUCUUUUGAAGUAGCUGUUUCUCCAAAGGAUAAGUGUACCCUCACUCUGCUGACGCUCAGUCAAAAUGAACCUGAUUUAUUUUGGUUUUUUUAAUUAUUACAUUUUCUUAGUCAACGGUCAUCAUCUUUUAUAGAGAAAUUUUUCACUAUGCAUUUGGUGGAUAUUUAUAAAAACUGACCUUCUCUUCCUCAUAUUCUGAUUUGUCUGAACUUUUGGUCUUGUCAAUAAAACAAAACAGUGAUUUACAUUUUCUGCACUAGACAUAGUACUUUCCUAUGUCAAAAGGGAAAAAUACAGCAAAGCAUGUUUGCAGCAGUGGAGCAUGGGCCUGUCCUCUGCAGCGAUUCCAACAUCCUCUGCCUCUCGUGGAAAGGCAGGGUUCCUAAAAGUGAGAAGGAGAAACCUGUGUGCCGGAGGCGGUAUUAUGAGGAAGGCUGGCUAGCAACAGGCAAUGGCAGGGGGGUUGUAGGGGUUACCUUCACCUCCAGCCACUGUAGAAGAGACAGGAACACCCCCCAGAGAAUCAACUUUAAUUUAAGGGGCCACAACAGUGAGGUUGUACUUGUGAGAUGGAACGAACCAUUCCAGAAGCUGGCGACCUGUGAUGCAGAUGGUGGAAUAUUUGUUUGGAUUCAGUAUGAAGGAAGGUGGUCGGUGGAGCUUGUGAAUGAUCGUGGUGCACAGGUGAGUGACUUCACGUGGAGCCAUGAUGGAACUCAAGCACUCAUCUCCUAUAGAGAUGGAUUUGUAUUAGUUGGAUCAGUCAGUGGACAGAGACACUGGUCUUCAGAAAUUAACUUGGAAAGCCAAAUCACCUGUGGCAUAUGGACUCCGGAUGAUCAACAGGUCCUCUUUGGCACUGCUGAUGGUCAGGUUAUUGUCAUGGAUUGCCAUGGACGAAUGCUGGCACAUGUUCUCCUCCAUGAAUCUGAUGGCAUCCUUAGUAUGUCUUGGAACUACCCAAGCUUCUUGGUGGAAGACAGCAGUGAAAGUGACACCGACUCAGAUGAUUAUUCUCCACCACAAGAUGGUCCAGCUGCAUAUCCAGUUCUGGUGCAGAACACCAAACCACUACUCACUGUCAGCUUCACAUCAGGGGAUAUUAGUUUAAUGAACAACUAUGAUGACUUGUCUCCUACCAUCAUCCGCUCAGGGUUGAAAGAUGUCGUGGCCCAGUGGUGCACACAAGGAGACUUGCUGGCUGUGGCAGGAAUGGAAAAACUAAGCCAACUAGCUGAACUUAAUAGUGCAUCCUUUCUGAAAAGUGCACUGGUCAAGUUCUACAAUGUUCAUGGAGAACAUAUCUAUACCCUGGAGACACCUGUUCAGCGUCCCAUAAUCUCAAUCUGCUGGGGCCACAGGGACUCACGUCUGCUCAUGGCUUCCGGUCCUGCAUUAUAUGUGAUCAGAGUGGAGCACAGAGUUUCCAGCUUACAGCUCCUGUGCCAACAAACCAUUGCUAGCUCCUUGCGGGAUGAUAAAGAUAUAAGUAAACUGACCCUGCCUCCCCGACUCUGCUCAUACCUCACCACUGCCUUUACACCAACAAUCAAGCCUCCUAUUCCAGACCCCAAUAACAUGAGAGAUUUUGUUAGCUACCCAACAUCUGGUAAUGAAAGGCUUCACUGCACAAUGAAGAGAACAGAAGAUGACCCAGAGGUCGGAGGGCCCUGCUAUACACUGUAUUUGGAGUACUUGGGGGGUUUGGUGCCUAUCUUGAAAGGACGCCGAAUUAGCAAACUUCGGCCAGAGUUUGUCAUCAUGGAUCCUAAGACAGAUGGAAAAGCAGAUGAAAUCUAUGGAAAUAGUUUGAUUUCCACCGUGAUUGACAGCUGCAACUGCUCUGAUUCCAGCGAUAUCGAACUGAGUGAUGACUGGGCUGGGAAAAAGUCUCCCAAAAUCACUAGAGCUAGCAAAUCACCCAAACUUCCCAGAAUUAAUAUAGAAGCUCGCAAAUCUCCAAAGUUGUCACGAGCUGCUCAGGAGAUAUCAAGAUCUCCCAGGUUACCAAUAAGGAAGCCUUCCAUAGGUUCACCAAGCUUAACUCGUAGAGAGUUUCCUUUGGAAGAUAUCACUCAGCACAAUUACCUUGCUCAGGUCACAUCAAAUAUCUGGGGAACCAAAUUCAAAAUUGUGGGCUUGGCUGCUUUCCUACCAACAAAUCUUGGUGCAGUUAUCUAUAAAACCAGCUUGUUGCACCUCCAACCCAGGCAGAUGACCAUAUAUCUUCCAGAAGUACGGAAGAUUUCUAUGGACUAUAUAAAUCUGCCUGUUUUCAACUCUAAUGUUUUCAGUGAAGAUGAAGAUGAUUUACCAGUGACUGGAGCAUCUGGAGUUCCUGAGAACAACCCGCCUUGCACUGUAAACAUCCCAAUUGCUCCUAUUCAUAGUUCUGCACAAGCAAUGUCACCAACACAGAGCAUAGGAUUGGUUCAGUCUUUGUUGGCCAAUCAAAAUGUGCAACUGGACGUCCUCGCCAAUCAGACAACAGCGGUUGCAGCAGCAGCAGCGGAGCAUGCAGCAGAUAAUGCAGUCCAUUAUCCAAUUCCAAAUAGAUACUCCAACCCAGGCCAAGUCAUCUUUGGAGGAGUAGAAAUGGGGCGUAUCAUUCAGGCACCCCCACAGUUAUCCCUGCCACCUCAGAGUGCUAUCCAGAUGGCAAUAGUGGACCACAGAGAUGGGGAUAGAGAUCAUGAACACCUCCAGAAAGCAAAAACUUUGCGUCCAGUUUCUCAGGUGAUGGAAGGAGAACCUGCCAUUUUCAGCACUGCUCAAGAAAUUCAGAUGAACAAAAUGAACCCGCCCCCACCUUACCCUGGAACCAUACCAGCAGCUCCUACCACUGCACCACCUCCUCCUCCUAUACCCCCACAGCCUCCCAUAGACCUUUGUUUGAAAAAGGGAGAUUUCCCCCUUUAUUCAGCAGGGCAUUAUCAACCCCCUCUUGGCUAUGAAAGGAUAACCACUUUUGAUAGCAGUGGGAAUGUCGAGGAGGUGUGCCGACCUCGGACACGAAUACUGUGUGCCCAGAACUCAUAUACCCUGCAAGGUCCUGGUAGUUCUGCCACUUUAAGGAUAACUUCAUCAGAGAAGAAGAUUCAGCAGCCCUGUACAAGUGCUACCCUGAACAGGCUCACAGUUCCGCGUUACUCCAUCCCAACAGGGGAUCCACCACCUUAUCCGGAAAUCGCAGCCCAGCUAACUCAAGGCCGUGGCAUCACACAGAGGUUGGACAACAGCAUCAUCCACGCUACUCUGCGAAGGAACAGCAGAGAGGCAGCACUGAAGAUGGCUCAACUGGUUGACAGCCAAAGAGCCACUCUGCAGCUCCCACCAAAACUGAAGAGCAACGUAGUGGCAGCCCAGUACCAGCAGCGAGUGCCAACGGCUCUCUACACCUGCAGUCAGUGCAGCAGCAACAGUGGCGGCGGCAGUAGCAACGCAAACAGUGGCAGUGGGAAUAUCAGUAGUGCCAACACUAACAGCAGCGCCUCCACCAUCAGCAGCAUGAGGCCAGACAUGACAACAGGGAGCAGCUCACAGCACAGCUCCGUCAUAGCACAUUCAGUCAGCACUUCGCCUUUGGCCUCUCAGUCCUCCUACAAUUUGUUGAGCCCACCUGACAGCUCUCAUGAACGGACAGAUUAUGUAAACUCUGCCUUCAUGGAGGAUGAGACUCUUUCUCAACACUGUCCUGUGGAAAAAUCAAUACGCCACAUCCCUGUCGCUGUGGCAGAGCCUGGCAUUGGAGUAAAACGACCGCCCCCUUACCAGUGGGAACCUAUGGUGAAUGAGGAAAUAUGGGUUCCUCAGGAAAGGACAGCCCAGAGUACUUUGCCUAACCCUGCUAAACCCACUCCUCUCGUCAUUGGCCAAACUCAGCAUCUGGAUAUUUUGCGAGCUCCAUUUGUUUCGCCCAAAUCGCCAACCAGUCCCACUGCCACUUUCCAGAUGGGUUAUGGGGUUGGAGCAUCCUAUGUGGGGAGUUACAGUGCUCUUCCUCCACCCCCUCCUCUCCAGGGGAUGCAGGUCCCCUGUUCUCCCAAAGAAGCUCUGGCCCCAACUCAGAUUGCACAACAGGAGCCAGCAGUUGUGCUGCAGCCAGGUUACCCUUCCAAUCUCUCUUACUGCCCCUUGCCCCCCAUGUACCCUGGAAAUAGCACUUGCUCAAGUUUACAGCUGCCACCGAUGGCCUUGCAUCCGUGGAAUUCGUACAGCACAUGUCCACCUGCUGCACAGAGUACCCAAGGCACUCUGCCCCCCAAGUCACUACUGGUGGUGGAGAAACCUGUGAUAUCCCCACCAUCCACAGAGACUCAAGGUCAUGUGGGUACGGAUGUAAUGGUGGAGACCACAGACAACUUCCAAGAAGUACUUUCCCUAACAGAAAGCCCCGUUUCUCAACGGACAGACAAAUUUGGGAAGAAGAAUCGAAAGCGCUUGGAUAGCCGAGCAGAUGAAGGAAAUAUGCAGGCUAUCACUGAGGGUAAAGUCAAAAAGGAGGCAAGGACGACACUGACGGACUUUAAUACGCUGAUCUCCAGCCCCAGACUGGGCAGGGAGAAGAAGAAAGUAAAAAGUCAGAAGGACCAGCUGAAGUCAAAAAAACUGAAUAAGAUGAAUGAGUUUCAGGACAGCUCAGAGAGUGAGCCUGAGCUGUUUAUUAGUGGGGAUGAACUAAUGAACCAGAGCCAGGGCAGUAAGAAGGGGUGGAAAACCAAAAGGAAUUUGAGGACAGCCAGUGAAUUGGAUGAAUUUAAGUGCCGGAAAGCAAAUGAGAAGGAGGAUGGACGGCUGGGAAACCAGGGCUUUGUGUAUGUGAUGGCCAAUAAGCAGCCUUUGUGGAAUGAGGCAACUCAAGUCUACCAGCUGGACUUUGGAGGGCGAGUGACCCAAGAAUCUGCAAAAAACUUCCAGAUUGAGCUGGAAGGAAGACAGGUCAUGCAGUUUGGGAGGAUUGACGGCAAUGCUUACAUUUUGGACUUUCAAUAUCCAUUUUCAGCAGUGCAGGCCUUUGCAGUAGCUCUGGCUAAUGUGACUCAGCGCCUGAAAUGAAAACAGUGGACCAGUUAGAGGAAGAAACUGAAAAUCCUUUUCUUAAGGGCCAACCCAAGGAGUAUGGGGAAGGCCUGUUGCAUCUGUGCAAAGGAUUCUGGGAGUGAAGAAGGAACUGCAGCAAGAACAGUCUCUGCAUGCCCUAAGGAGGGCAUCAACUUUAAACAUUGUUGGGGGUGGGAUGGGGGCUCUUUGGUUGGGAUUCCUUUUCUUUGACUCAACAUUGUGCUGAUUUUUAGAGUGAGCAAAGGAUGAGAGGUAUUCAGUGUUAUGUUGGGAAAUGUGGCUUUUGGCUUGUUGUGAUGGUUCUUCUGUGUUUGCCGCAAAAAAUAGCUGAUGUAAACUGAUGGGGAUUUUAAAAGACUGACCUUCUUUUCUUUUCUUUUAUAGACUGCCUUAUAACAUGCUGUUCUUUUUAAAGCAGGGACCUUAACUUUUUUUCCUGGACCACUUUGUACUAUUAUGUCAACAAUAGCAGCAAAAAAAAAAGAACAAAAAUUCUAAAAUAUACUUGAAGACACACAUUUCUUCUCUGUUAGCAUUGUAGGCACCAUGGAGAUUUUUCAGAGAUCCAUACCUAAUUUCUAAAAUAUUGUUCAGAAUUAAAAUUAAAUGGUUACCUUCUGAAUGGUUUGCAAAGAACACUGUGUUGAAGAGUUUAAGUUUAUUUCCCCCCCCUUGUUGACUAUGACCUGGGUUAUGCCUGUACUAUAUAGAGGAAAAUGCCAGAGGAGAAGGAAAUGAUGAGGUGUGCAGAUAUACACUUACUGGUUUAAAAUAUUUGUACUGAAUUGAGUUCAGAUUUGUGGCGUACAUAGAUGUGACCUGGUGUGCUUUUGCAAGGGAAUUACAUCUGCUGCUCCUCACUAAACAAUGUUUACAGUUGUAUAAAUAAAAAUGUGUCCACUGAGCAUUUCAAGACUAUGUGAUUAGUCUGAGUUUCAUAAUCCUGCAGUACUAACUGGGAAGGAUGUGGGCAUAAGCUGGACUAUUGCCUGUCACUGUGUAGACAGUGGACCAUAUGCAGCUCGAAUGAAUCUGGGCUCUUGGAUCUGGAGGCCAGGAUUACUGGGAACAACUUGCUUGAAGGGCAGAGUUUGGGUUUCUGAGUGGCUGCACCCAAGUAGGAUUGCAGGUGGAGACAAACAUUCCAAAGUGCAAUGGAAAUGAUUUGAAACCACACAUACUGCUUUCUGAAGCAUUUGUUUCCAGAGCAGGAAAUGAGCAUUGAAAGCACUUCCAUCACACUUUGCAUGUUUGUUUGUCUCUACUUCACUGGAUUGAGUCAAAGCUGAAAUCGUCUCAGAGGACUGAAUACAGGGAAGAAAGAGGGCAAGAGUCAAAUACAGAAGGAAAUUCAGAAAGUCUGACAGACUAGUUGUUGCCUAGCAAAAGACCUAGGCUGGACCUAGAAAUACAGAUAGCCAAGUUAGUGAGGUUCUGUGGGCUGUUGAGAGUGGAGCCAUAUUGAAAGCUCUUAUCCACCCACCCUUCCACCCACCCACCCACCCACCCAUCCAUCCAUCCAUCCAUCCAUCCAUCCAUCCAUCCAUCCAUCCAUCCAUCUUACGACUCUUCACAAUGGCUACCAGUGUCCACACAGAAGAUUCUCAAUCCAAAUUCAUCUACCGUAAUAUCCUGCUGACUAAGGAAAGGAGAAAACACAGCUGGAAAGUGUGGCCUCUCCUAAAGUCAAAGUAUGUCCUCUAUGGCUAUAAAGUGGGCAGCGUUCCAGAAAUCAGAUUAAAAGUCAAAAUUUGAUAGAAAAUAUAAUGGUGUCUUUAACUUUAUGCAGUGAGACUGUUUCUAGCUGAUAAACUUUCCAUUUUAUGCCAAAGGUCACAGUAGGUAUUUCAAGAGAGAGCCUGUUUUGUUAAAAUACUUUGCCCUAAUAUUUUCCAGGGUUUUUUCCCAACUGGAAAUUAUUUGGCCAGUUAAGUGUGUGCAAGCCGAAAUGUAUUUCAAAAAAACAGUCUUCACACCAAAUAGCAAAGUUUACCUAUAGCGUUCAUUGGAAAAUGAACUUUUUUCAGGGGGGGCGGUCUAAAAAUACCUAAUAAAUAAAUAAAUGUGUAAAGAAGAGAGCAGUACAGAAGCACUAAUGCCCUAUUGCCAACUAUUAGAAAUCCGAUUCGUCUACUGUGCUUUAAGCUUCUGAAACCUCAUCUGACAUAUCUCCCCUGUCCCACACUCUCUCUCCGCCCCCCGCCCCGCCCCCAAUUUAUCUUCACACUCUUGAAGACUGGAAACUUGUAUUUAAAACAAAACCCUGAAAGCUGAGAUUCCCAGAAUGCUGAUUUUUUUUGCCCAAAAUUAAUGCCAUUCUUGAAUGGCUUGAUCAUGGAACCACAGCAUAAAAACAACCCUGAAUUACACUCAUAACCCUAUUUGGAGCUUUGCUGCUGUAGUGAACUGCUCACAAGAUUUUUGGAAAAAGGCAAAAUGGUGGUGGUGCGGGAAAUAAUGUGUUUUUUUUCUUAUGAUUAGCGAGUCCCUGAAGACUUUCAUACAACAAGAUUCUGUCCUUGGUAGAAACUACACUGUGUCUUAGAUUGCCUUUGCUUUCCCAAUGCACAGAACUGUUAAGCUCCUUCCAUUUUCUUCACUCCAUUUAAAUUUCCACCAGUAAUCCACUUCACCUCCUAAAUGUCUAGUUAUCAGAUUGCUGUUCAAGGCAUCAGAGCAGAUCUAGUGGGAAAGAUGCCCUUCCUUGUUCUGAACCAUCUAAUUGUUUUAUAUGUGGUUUUUAAUAGUUCCAUAGGAGUCUUAAGCAGGCUGAGGUUUUUUGGUUGGGCAAUAGUUAUUGCAGUCAAAGGAUUCAAUUUUUAGAGAUGUGUUGAGGGGUUUUUUUUAAGGAUACUUUCAGAUUUUCUAACAGGAAAGAUUGUUACACUUAAUGUAAUCAGUAGAGUCAGGCUGGCUUCUUUUCCUAUGUAGAAAAUCAUUUAAUCAUUCAUUCUUAUUUAUAUAGGAGAAGUGCAUUUGUACUUGCUUGUUGGCAAAGUGUUUUGCUGCAAGGAAUCAUUUUAGAGUCUUUUAUGGGACUUAAUUCCCACCCACCCCUUCCUGACUUGCUGCAGUGUGUUGUAAGGGUGGGAAGAAAUUUUCUUUUGGGAUAGACAAAAACAAUUUAUUUUUGCCUCAGGAUCUCUUCUCAUAGACACUCUGCAGCCUCUUCUGAUCUUUGGUUCUGUGUGAAAAUAUUCCCUAUCCCAUCUUUCCAGCUUCUCUGCAGUACACUGACCUUUCUUUACGUAGGCCUUCUGCAAAAUUUUCCCUAUGGCUUAUUUUCUUCCCCAGCUCACCUGAGAAAGCUUAACAGUUUCUACAUCAAAGGAAGAGACAAUGCAGGGAGGCUGGCUAGGUGGCACAAAUGAAGGAAUAGAAGAGGUGAGAGAAGAUGAAACAGGUUCCUAAGAAGAAAGUGACUGUCUGAGACCAGGUCUAGUGUCCUCUGGUCCAGUGCCCCAUAGCAGCCAAGCAGGUUUCUCUAGAAAGCCCACAUGCAAGGCAUGAAAGCCCCUGUUUCCCCACCCCCCAUGACGGGUCAGCAACUUAUAACCAGAGGUAUGCUACCUCUAACAUAGAAGGUUCCAUAUCUACCAUGCUCUCAGCCCUUUUUAAAGCCAUCUAUGCUAAUGAUCAUCCCCACAGUUUGUGGCAAUGAAUUUAAUAAGAUAAUUAUAUGUUGGAUGAAGUAAUUAUCUUUAUUUACUUGUCAUUUUUAUUGAGUGACCCCAUAUUCUAAUUGUAUGGCAUGAUGAGGAACAGAUGUCUCUCUACUCACUUUCUCCACACAUAAUUUUACAAGCCUACAUCAUGUGUCUCCCAUCAUAAUUUUUUCUGCAUCCUCAAACUAUAAUACUUUCUUAUCAGAAAGAUUCACCAAUCUCUUAAUAUGUUUAGUUGCCUUCUUCUGUACCUGUACCAGCUAUGUGAUAUUCUUUUGGGAUGGAGUAAGUAGAACUUCCCAGUGUUACAAACCACCACAGAUUUAAAUAAAGACAGUAUAGUACUGCCAUUCUUCCCCAGCUGUUUUCUGAAUAGUCAACAGUAGGAAAUUUGCCCCCACUUUUGCAAAAAAAAUUUUUUAAGGUGUUUUUAGGGAAGACUCCCCCUUCCCCCAAUGAUUAUCAUGACAUGGAUGGUGUGGUUUCCUAACUGCAGCUAUUUAAAAAACUUAGCUUUUGCAAACAAAGCAUAGUGACUGCUGCAGUCAGAAUCUUUGACCAUCCUGUGUUUCCUGGGCUAUGUUUGGCACAGCUAAAGAGCAAUUUGAGAAUAGUGAUGCAGAGGGAAGGCUAAUGUCAUGCAUAUAUACUCCAUAAGAGAACUUGGAUCAUGGAUUUCCUUAAUUAGGAGAUAUUUUGUCUAAGCCCAAUGAGGUUUUUCUUGAUGCGCAAUGGGAAAUGGAGCUUCAGAAUUCUAAUUUGUAUAUGAAGCAGGUACAUACAUACUGUGAGUUGGCUAUGUGGCUUGUGGCAUUUAGCAGAAUUAUAUAACGUUUGGCCUUAAAAAAACCCUUCCAAGAUAUUUACCAGAACAUCUCAAAAUAAAACCCAGGGGCCAACAUUUAAACUAUGGGCCAGUGUAAUAGAUGCCACAAUGUAAGAGGAAGAGCAAGUUCAGAGAUAAAGUUAACAUCAAGUUCUUUUUGCAAACUGUUUUUUUUCCUUUGAAAAAGUACCUAAUUCUGCUGAGUACAAUGUUAACGACAAUAUCUGAAAAUAAAGCCCAGCUUUCAUUUGAGCAAUCUAAAUCUGUAGACAGGUUUGCACAGGACAGUUUCUGUGCCACAAUAAGAGUCUUUCAGACAGUGUUUUACUUGAAUGACAUAAGUUCCUCUGCACCAUGCCAUCUGUACCACAUGCUUAUCAGAGCCAUCCCCUACUAAACAGUCUUAAAAGGCAAUCUGUUUUACAUUAUUUUCAUUUUAUCCUCAAGAAUUUGAAAUUAUCCUUUCUAAGAAGUCCUGUGAAUCUGGAAUCCAGGUCAAAUUGUAAGCAUUUCAUUUCAAGGAAAGUCUUGGAAGAUGUACAGAAAAUAAAGAGUUUUGGUGCUGUGGUUUGUUUUUGUUGUAUUUGUAAAACUAAAGGCAAGACCAACUAACCGAAAGGAGAAACUGUGAAGCCAAUAAGGUAGUGUUGGGAUCUGGUUCUGCAGUAAAGUUGAACAUGCUUCGUUCCCGCUGUAUCUUUGCAGAAUCUAAUUGGAUUCAAAGGACUCCCCAGACAGAUCUCAGCAUCUUUUGGAGACUCUGGGCCCAACAUUGCUUAUGUCACAAUUGCAUUCCUAUAACACUUACUUGGGAGUAAGUUCUUAAUUGAAUGGGGCACUUCUGAGUAGACCUACUUGGAAUUGUCCUGCAUAUGUGAUUGCAUUACUGUAGAAUGGUCUCAGGUUGUUGUCUACUAGAACUGCCUGAUUACUGGCUUCCGAUAGAAGAGUCUGCAGCAGAAUACAUUGUAAGGCCAAAGUUAAUGUUAUUUUUCCUACUGGUAUCUCGGAAGACCUACUCAAGAAAGGGGGAGAAAAUUCCCAAAGAAUUGGGUGAACUUUUCACUGGUAGAAUAAUCUGAUCUGACUCUGAUAUACAAUAAGUGGACCAGCUAAGUUUUCUGGUUGCAUGUGACAGGUUUAUGUUUGACCUCUAUAACAUUUCAGUGUUUUGUAUGUCUGGCCACUUUCUUGGGGACGAUUUCACAUAUUAGGUAAAAGCAAAACUUGUCUUUGUUGCAGGACGUUCACUCAAAACUGACAGGUCCGGCCAAUCAUGGCUCCCGCCCAAUUUGAUAAACACAAGGUAGUUGCAUUCGCUAGAUGUGAUUUGGAAUGUAUACUUGAAAACUUAUGUGAGAAGCAGGAGUGGAUUGGUGAGUGAAAAUGGCCCUGGAGCAAGCUACGCUGAGAGACCCCUGUGGGGCUACAAGCCAAGACUGCAGGAAUCAUUCAGCUCAGCUGUGCAAACCAGUGGUGGUGGCUCAUCCAUUCCUUUCUGCUGAAAUACGACAGCAGUGCAGGAAAACACAAUUGGUGAACUGAUACCAGGUACUAUUGCUGAUGGAGGAUCUAAACCCUGAGAUGGGACUUGGCUGGCUGGGAUUUGACUCUAGGGCAGUGGCCCACUGGGAAAUUUCCCUGUAAGUUAAAUGGCUAGUCCACCCCUGGUGGGAAGUGAUCUUCACAUACAUCAGAAAAUAUAAGAGUAGGAAAAAUAAUGUUAGAGGUGGCCCUUAUGUUGCAUAGGUUGAGCUUUUCCUGACUGUAAUUUGCACAUCUGAGCAUGCCAGAGAAGCAAUGUGGCUAAAUCCACUGCCAAUCUUUCUAGGAUUUUUGGACCCAAGUGCCACGAGAAGUGUCUUCCCACCCUUGCCAAGCAAUUUUAGGGCCCAAUGUAAGCAACAGCCCGAAGGAGUUUAAACCGUCUUGUCCAUAGUCUCUUUCCACCUAUACGGAUGCUGGGAUAUGCUCAGCAGAGGCCCUGUUGGGAACUUAGGGGGAAUGUUUAAACAAUAUCCUUGGAAAAUAAUGCCCACUAGAAAACUUGAGUUAUUAAAGCAGAUAUUUAUGAAUUACAUGUCUAAAAGCAGCUUUGUUAUUUUUAUAUCAAUACCAAAUUUGGAAACAUGGCAGACAAAAUCUGAUUUUGACCUAAGAUUUUUGAAUCCAGUACCUAAAAGCUGAAAAACUUUGUCAGCAGAUUCAGGCAUUUUGAAGAGUUAGGAAAGUCUUCGCUUGUUGAAUGUUUGUUCUGUCUUGUGAAUGGCUAUCCUGAAGGGUUCAAGUAAUGUGUUAUGAAGAAAUGAAUGAAACUGCAAGAUGUAUUCGAAGGUUCUUGUGCUCCCAGUGUUUUGUAAAAAAAAAAAAGCUCACUCAGCUCACGUCAUACUUCCUAUCACACUCAUUUCAAUUUCCAUCCAGACCUAUCAGUUCUCCUCCCCCCUCCAUUUCCAGUUAGCCUUUAAUCAUAUUUUUUCUUAUAGGUCUGUGUUUUUUCUCUCCUGUUCUUCAGCAGAGGAGAGUGUUAAGAUGCUUGUUGCAGAUACAAGGUUGUUGAUUUCUUCUUUUCAUAUUGUGGAAUUGCAUGGAUUGAAAAGGCACUAUACACUGCAAAAGGGUGGUUUUUUAUUUUGCAUUUGUUCAUAAAUGCAUCAUUUGGUGCUGUAAUUUUGGACAUCCUUUCUGAAUUGAGCACUAGUUUGUUUAUUUUACUCAGGAUUGGAUCCUGCAUAAAGGAAGAGCAUUUUUCCUCAUACAAGGUUUUUUUUUUGGGGGGGGGGGGGUUCCACUGAUUAUUUUUUCCACUCAGCCUCUGCCAAUCUCCAGCUUUGGAGAGCACAGUGGGGCUGUCCUGUAAAGGGAAGGUGGUAAAAGACUUUAGCUUAUGGAGUUAGGUUCAUAGCUCUUUAGAGCCAUCCCACUCUUUUGGUCAUUUGAAGAUUUUUUUUCUCUUUGCAAUUUGAAGAAAAGUAUGUAGUCAAGUGGAAUUCCUAGCCAUGUCAUACCUGCAUGAUCUCAGUUCUGCAGAGAAAAUUAUACAGUUCUCUGAUGACUGCUUUCUACCGACAGGAUGUGCAGAUGGCCUUUCAAAAAAUCAUGGAUUAUUUUUUUCAUGUGACAUUCAGACCUGGGUUUUCAUUGUAAUUGCCCUACCUUUCUCUCCUGUUAUGUACCCUGUGUAAUAGAUUGUGCAGAAGGUACCUAGAAAGCAUUAAAUGCUUUCCCUUUAAUAAUGUGGUUUGUCCAAACUUGGCUGUCUAUAUGACUGAGACAAGUCAGUUGCCCUAUUUUCCUUGAUUUGGAAUUGUAAGAGUUGUCCAAGUGUUGCUUAUUAAACUUUUUGCAAACUA